AUGACCAAAAGGAAAGCUACCGAGCAAAAUGAACAAUUGCCGGUCAAAAAGCCGAUAAAGGUCCCUGUUGAGUCUUCUAUAUCCAUCUGUAUACCAUCUAAUGCCAUAUCGUCCAAGAAUGCUUAUAAUUUAGAGCAGAAAACGAUGAUUGCAUAUCAAAUAGCUAAAGCCUGUCUAAUAUAUAAUGUCUCUGAAAUAGUGGUAUUACAAUCCUCCUCAUCCCAGUUAAAUGAGGAGGACAAGUCCGAGACAAUCAAUAUUGGAAAUAAAGUCGUAUUCAAAGAAGAAGAGAAAGAAAGAGAAGAAGAAGUAAAGGAUAGAAAGGAUUUAGAGAUGAAACAAGAUGGUUUGUUAUUGGCUAGUUUGUUACAGUUUUUUAUAACGCCAACCUAUUUGGUCAAGACUGUAUUUCUGCCCCAUUUGAAUGCCAAUUUCAAGGAAAUUAUUCAUAAAUUCAAGUAUGCAUAUAAAUUGCCCAAGAUUACUACAUUACCAUUUAUGCAAAAUAACCAAGUUUAUCGAGAUUUCAAAGAAGGAAUUGUUAUACCUAGGGAAACUCCCAAGAUCAAAUCCAAGAAAAGCGCAAACUCAAAGUUCAAAACGAAAGCACCACAUAAGGUAACAGUUAGUAAAUAUGUCAAUAUUGGAGAGAAGGAACCAUUGAAAUUGGACAUAGCUAGGGAAGUACCUAUAUAUUCUCGUGUUACUAUAGAUUUAAAGAAUAAAAUGAUAAUUAGUCCCGAAAAAGCUUAUGGUAUAGCCGGUUAUCGGGCCUCGUUUGGAUAUCACGUACGUUUAGUAGAGAAAGAUCAGUUUAACAAGAUAUUCACACAAUCGCCAAUUGAAGAUGGAUAUAGUGAAACGAUUUUUAUUAAUUGUGACGAUUAUUUUGACAAGCUGAGUAGAGUGCUUAAGGAGAUGAAAUUGUAUAACGAUCGAGAAGUUGCGCGGGGGAAACAUAUAUUGAUGAUUUUGGGUAAUUAUCGAGAUAUUCAGGUGAGUUAUGAAGCUGAUAAGGAGAAAUCAGAGGUGUUUGAGGGGUUAGAUAAUGGGAUGGAGUUAUUUGAUUAUAGGAUGGAUAUACCUUUGGGGUGUCGAAUUGAGGAUGGUGUUUUAAUUACAUUGACAAAAUUGCGAAGCGAGCCAAAGGUUGGUGGAGCAGCAAAGUAG